CAGGCACAGGGGGCUGGUGAAGAGGAUGAUGAUGGCUCUGUUGGGGUAUAAGACCAGGCUUGUGCUGGACAGCCAGUUGGUGGGGGGUUGGAGGAGGGGGGUGCAUAGGCUCAUGGGGCUCCGGGGUGCUGGGUUGGUUGAGGGGCAGAGGACGUUGCCCCAGGAGGGGGUAACAGCUGGACCCAAGAGCCUGAAGGAGAUGCCUGGACCCAGCACCUUCCGCAACCUGGUGGAGUUCUUCGGGAAGGACGGAUUCAGCCGCAUUCAUGAGAUCCAGCAAAAGCACAUCAAUGAAUACGGUCGGAUCUUCAAGUCCCACUUCGGCCCCCAGUUCGUGGUGUCCAUCGCCGAUCGCGACAUGAUCGCGCAGGUCCUGCGUGCCGAGAGAGAAGCGCCGCAGAGAGCCAAUAUGGAAUCCUGGCAGGAGUAUCGAGACCUCAGGGGGCGAUCCACAGGCCUCAUCUCUGCGGAAGGGAAGAAGUGGCUGACCAUGAGAAGCGUCUUGCGGCAGAAAAUCCUGCGACCCCGAGACGUUUUUGUGUACGCCGGAGGAGUCAAUGAGGUGGUCGGCGACCUGAUCAAGAGGAUCCAAAACCUCCGCAGCCACGAGGAGGACGGCGAGACCGUGACCAACGUCAAUGACCUUUACUUCAAAUAUUCCAUGGAAGCUGUGGCCACCAUAUUGUACGAGUGUCGGCUGGGAUGUCUAGAGAACGUGGUGCCUAAGCAAACAGUGGAGUACAUAGAGGCUUUGGAGCUGAUGUUCAGAAUGUUCAAGAUGACCAUGUACGCUGGAGCCAUUCCCAAGUGGUUGCGCACGUUCAUUCCGAAACCCUGGGAGGAGUUCUGCCGCUCCUGGGACGGACUCUUCACGUUCAGUCAGAUCCACGUAGACCACAAGCUGCAGGAGAUUCAGGCCCGUCUAGAUCGGGGAGAGGAGGUGCAAGGGGGUCUGUUGACCAUGAUUCUGAUCAGCAAGGAACUGACGCUGGAGGAGUUGUACGCCAAUAUGACGGAGAUGCUCCUGGCUGGUGUUGACACGACUUCCUUUACACUGUCCUGGGCCACCUACCUCUUGGCGAAGAACCCUCAGGUGCAGCAGAUGGUGUACAAUCAGAUCGUCCAGAAUCUCGGGAAAGACACGAUACCCACUGCUGAGGAUGUGCCGAAACUUCCCCUAAUCCGAGCUGUUCUGAAGGAGACCCUGAGGUUGUUUCCAGUUUUGCCCGGAAAUGGUCGGGUUACCCAGGACGACUUGGUUUUGGGAGGAUAUUUCAUUCCAAAAGGGACCCAGCUGGCUUUGUGUCAUUACUCCACUUCGUACGACGAGGAUUAUUUCUCUGCGGCGGAAGACUUCCGCCCGCAACGCUGGCUGCGGCAUGGACACCUGGACCGAGUCGACAACUUUGGCUCCAUUCCCUUUGGAUACGGACUCCGCAGCUAUGUGUCACCUGUCAACAUGUCAUUACAUAUGCACAUGACAUCGUUACACACGCGAUUGAUUCAGAAGUUUGAGCUGAAGACUUCCCCCAAGACUUUGACCGUUCUCCCAAAAACACACGGACUCCUGUGCCCCUCCGGGGCCAUUAACGUGCGCUAUGCAGACCGCGAGUGAGGCCCCAGUGCAGUGGCGUUUUUGGAUCUCCGGCAUCUACUGAAGGAUCGCGACACUAUAUAUAAAAGACUUCUUCUUCCUUUUUAUUUAGAACUAUUUUAAGGCCAGCUUGGCCCGCACGGGAUGUUUUCUAUAGGAAGUAGGGAUAGUGGGUUGUGACAUGCAACACUCUGACCUUGCACUUUUUUCUUGUACUGUAUGAAUAAGAG